AUGUUUCAGACCUUCAAGGCCUCUAGAGACCCUUUAUUAUUCGAUAUCCGACUACAAAAUUCUGAGCACGAUGUUCUCCUAAUUAAAGGGGGCGUCGAUCAAGCAUCUUCCGUAUUGCUGUCAGGUACCAUUGUCCUUUCUGUAUUGGAGCCUAUACAAAUAAAGACAUUAUCACUGAGACUGAUGGGAAGAAUUCGGCUGAAUAUUCCUAGUUCAGUACAGUCGACCCAAAAUAUUAAGAGAAACAUGAAAUACGAAAAGAUUUUCUAUAAUCAUAACUGGGAUAACUUUAAUAUUGAAGAUUAUUUUGAGAACUUGUAUACAAAUUAUGAUAGAAAAAAGUCAAUCUCAAGCAGUUCGUCUACAAAUGUUUCUGGUUUAGCUAAAAGAAAUAGAUCAAACAGUUCUUUGCUUUCCCUUGGUGGCUCUUCUAGUUAUCAUACACUGGUAAAGGGGAAUUACGAAUUUCCCUUCAGCGCAAUCUUGCCAGGAUCAUUAACCGAAAGUGUAGAAGGCCUACCAAACGCUUCUGUUACAUAUAAACUAGAAGCAAGCAUUUCGAGACCAAAAAAUGGCGAUUUAAUUAGGAGAAAGCACUUGAGAGUUGUUAGAACUUUAUCGCCAGAUUCUGUGGAAUUGUCUGAAACUGUCGCUGUUGACAAUGUAUGGCCCGAUAAAGUAGAAUACUCAAUUUCAGCCCCAGCCAAGGCUAUUCCCAUUGGAUCUUCUACGCCAAUUCAUAUAAUGAUAGUCCCUUUGAUAAAAGGACUACGAUUAGGACCUAUCAAAAUUUCAGUGGUCGAGACUUCACAAUAUUGUGGGAAUAUUGGUGGUACUAACAGCCAGGAUAGAAUUGUGACAAAGAUGAAGAUAAAAGACCCAUUAAAACAUGUUGCCAAGUUGAAAAAGUCCAAAAACCAUAGAGAACGGGAUGAUUUCUACAGCGAUGACGAGGAAGAUUUCGAGUUUCAAGAUAAAUGGGAGGUUAAUACAAUUUUGAAUAUUCCACCCAGUCUAUCUAAAUGCACACAGGAUUGUAAUAUCCUUCGAAACAUCAAAGUCCGCCAUAAGCUCAAAUUUGUUAUUUCUUUGAUCAAUAGCGAUGGUCACAUUUCGGAACUUCGUGCGUCUCUACCGGUACAGUUUUUCAUUUCACCUUUCGUGGCUGUCUUUGCUACCUCUUCUGAAAUUGUUGAAAGGGUAAGUAACUCUUUUGGAAUGCCUUCAAUAAAUAUAACUAAUGAUGAUACCAGCAUUUCACAUAAAAACCUUCUCCCUAUCUACAAUACCGAAGAGAAAGGAUCAUCAAUCCAGGAUAACGAGGAAAUUCUGUUUGCUAGGUCAACUUCUGAGAUAAACUUGAAUUCUAGACCCUUGGAAAACAAUAUCAACGCCACUGCCAUAAUCUCAGAUCUGAUGGCACCACCUAAUUAUGAGCACCAUGUUUAUGAUAAAUUAUGGAACAACAUCCCAAUUAUUGACACUCCACAAGAACUAGUUCAUAGCACACAAUUUGAACAUAGUAACCGUAAUGACGGGUCAAUGGAUGAUGACCAGUUCAUUCAUCAUUUACGACAAAACUUAAGGCAGUUAGAUUUAGAUACAGAAGGUACUGUGUCUACGUCAUCAUCACGCAGACCUAGUUAUACUCUAUCGGAGUCCAAUUCGCAUCCAAAUUUGGGUAUCGACUUCACUGCGAGCCCAGUAGCUACACCAGGCUAUGAUCACAUAUCUAGAAGAAGUUCUUUUUUAAGUCAACGACAAUUUUCGUCAUCUUCACUGAAGAAAGAAUGGGAAUUAUCUUCUCUGAGCAGAGUACCAUCAUAUGAAAAGGCAAUGAGAGCUGACGUUAUUGAUGAUGAUCUACCGCCAACUUAUCCAGUUGCUGAGGAACAGGAAAAUGCUAUUGGCGCGGGACAAAAUAUCGAGAGACCACAAACUGUACGUCACAGAUCCUCUUCGCUUCUGACCAUUCCAGCUUCGGCAAGGUCAAAAAGCCAAACACUCAAUAGAAGUAACAAUAGCUCUUCUUCCUCUUUGAAUACACUAUUUUUAUCUAACACGAGUGGUUCGCUUAAUAAUGUUAAUUCAAACCGCACAACAAAUUCAUUCUCCCUCAGCAUGACCCCUGUGGGCACUCCGUCCAUUUCCGCGACUCAUAUGCAAAAAUCUUCGUCUCGAACUAGUUCAAACAAUUCACAAAGGCAAAGCUCAUUAGUUAAUCUGGUCGAGAUGUUAACAAAAAAGAAAAAAAAUAGCUUGCAUGUCAAACUUUAG